AGAAAUCUCGCUCUCCUCUCGGCUCUCGCCACCGUUCUCCCUCCGUCCAGUCAUCCACCGAGUCACCGACAGGCGCGUCUCCUCCCUCCCUCCUUCCCAUAAACACAGGCUCACGCACACGCCUCCGCCCGGAGGAAGGAAAGAAAGGAAGGCCGCGACCACCCCGACCCCGACCCCGACCUACCACCAAUUCCCUCCUCCCUCCCACCAGAUCCACGCGGGGACGGCCGCGGCGAUGACGGCGAAGGGCGGCGCCGCGCCGUCGCCGGGCGGCGCGGGCGGGCUGGCCAACGGCCGCUUCUUCACGGUGGGGCUCGUCACCGCCUGGUACUCCUCCAACAUCGGCGUGCUCCUGCUCAACAAGUACCUCCUCAGCAACUACGGGUUCAAGUACCCGAUCUUCCUCACCAUGUGCCACAUGUCCGCCUGCGCGCUCCUCUCCUACGCCGCCAUCGCCUGGCUCCGCGUCGUGCCGAUGCAGCUGGUGCGCUCCCGCGUCCAGCUCGCCAAGAUCGCCGCGCUCAGCCUCGUCUUCUGCGGCUCCGUCGUCUCCGGGAACGUCUCGCUCCGGUACCUGCCGGUCUCCUUCAACCAGGCCGUUGGCGCCACCACCCCCUUCUUCACCGCCGUCUUCGCCUACAUCAUGACCGUCAAGAGGGAGUCGUGGGUCACGUACCUCACCCUCGUCCCCGUCGUCACCGGCGUCAUGAUCGCCAGCGGAGGAGAACCUAGCUUUCAUCUGUUUGGAUUCAUCAUGUGUAUUGGAGCCACUGCUGCAAGGGCAUUGAAGACGGUGUUGCAAGGAAUUCUCCUUUCAUCUGAGGGGGAGAAGCUUAACUCUAUGAAUUUGCUUUUAUACAUGGCUCCAAUUGCUGUUAUUCUCUUGCUUCCUGCUACCAUCUUCAUGGAGGAUAACGUUGUUGGCAUUACAAUAGAACUGGCCAAAAAGGAUUCCACAAUUGUUUGGUUGCUGUUGUUCAAUUCUUGCUUGGCAUAUUUUGUCAAUUUGACAAAUUUCUUGGUGACUAAGCAUACUAGUGCAUUGACUCUACAGGUCCUUGGUAAUGCGAAAGGUGCUGUGGCAGUUGUUGUCUCAAUUCUGAUAUUCAGGAAUCCCGUAUCUGUAACCGGAAUGCUCGGUUACACCCUUACAGUAAUAGGCGUUAUUCUUUACAGUGAAUCCAAAAAGCGCAACAAGCCCUGAAUAUUUUAGAAUGCCGUAAAUAUGGCCAUCCUUUCUCAUUCCGAUGGAUGCCCAGAGAUAAUAUAUGAGGGGGAACUACAUCGGGGACAAUUGCAACAAAUCCUGCGCUGCAUGGAGCCUCAGUGAUUGGAUAGCAAAGGAUAGAAGUCCAAUAAUACAUGUAGUUUACCCAUGGGAUCUGGGAGGCAUUUUGUUUUGCUAAUGGAAAUGAUCAAUAGAAUAUAUUUUUUUGUGCUUAGAGAACUGAGGCUCACGCUGCCAACAUUGGUUAAUACGUUUAGUUCGUGGAAAUUGUUUGUCAUUCAUCGGUUAUUGUAAGAUCAUGUUCUACCAUUUUCUUGUUUCUGAAGAUUGCAUGUACCAAACUUUGAUCCGGGACCUCCUAAUAUAUUACGACAGUGAAUUUAAUCUCACAAUGAA